CAGUGCUAUAAUUAGAGGCCGCUCCAUCCGCGACAGCGGCCAAAUUGUGAUGCAUAAAGUCACGUAAACCAGGGGAUACACUAUCGCUAUUACAAGGGCUGGCAGCAAAGCCACGUUGUUCCAUGGGUGACAUUUAACGCCACACGUUGACUGAAGAGGCUCCGUGCGCAGGCCAACGCAGGAACAGCGCCGGAUCUACACUGGCCACCGCAGCGCAACUCAUAUUAGUAUUUGGUAGUGCAUUUUGGAGACGCCGUAUAUACAGUGUUCAGCGGGCAGCUUCCAUGAGUGCACACUCAAACAAACAUGUCUUUUCUAACCAUACCAAGUGAAGAGGGCCUUUUUACCACGAUUAAAACUCGCAAGUCAGCCGGGGAGGCAGAGAGUAGGUCCUCAGUAGACGACGAGGAUAACGAUAAUGAUGAUGAAGAUGAUGAAGACGAUGACACCGAGGACGUCCACCUCAUCCCAAGAUGCUCCCCAGUGCCCAGAAAGCGAGGCUCGUCCAUCUACGAUGAGACGGCUGAGUAUAUGCGGAUCCACUUGGCGCUGUCUGCCGGAAAAAGAGUGUCAUUCGCCGAUACAACAGGUGGGGAUCUGGUGGAUGUGAAGGAAUUUUGUGCCUAUGAUUCGGACGAGGAAGACGACAGUGCAAGGUGGGAGGAAGAGGAAGCAAAGUAUCGAAAGCCACAGCGAGAACCGACCUAUCAUGUGCACCCAGAGUUUAACGCGCCCACUGACGGCGCCCUGCUGCAGGCUGUGCGCGCUAGUAAAGUGGAGGUUGAGCGGGUGUCUCCGGUGGAGAAUGAGCCGCUCGCCUUCAGUGGGGUGAUACGAGUCUUGAACAUCUCCUUCCACAAAGCAGUCUAUAUCAGAUCGACCAUGGACAACUGGGCUACGUACUUUGACCAUCCAGCAGAGUAUGUCCAGGGGUCUAAUGAUGGGGAGACCGAUCGGUUCUCCUUCAAGCUGUCUUUUGCACCACCUUACACCACGCACGGCUCUCGCAUUGAGUUUGUUGUUCGCUAUGAAACCUCUGAUGGUGACUACUGGGCUAAUAACUCGUCUAUGAAUUAUGUGGUGACUCUGUUCCUGUCCUAUGAGGACGAUUCAGCUCAGAGAACCAUCGACACCAAACAAAAGAGAAGUAUCUUGAAACCUCCAAAAGCUUACAGUAUGAACGAUGAUUUUGACUCAGAGGAUGAGCAGGAAAAAGAAGAAGCAGAACAAGCAGGGACCUCCAUGUCAGGACUCGUCAGGCCUACAGCUGUCUGCCCAGCCAUUGUGCAGCCGGAGAUUGACGUAGAGAUUGCAGUUCACCCAUCUGGUCCCUCUGUCCCACCCAACCAAGAGCUUCCAUCUGUUGAUGGCACACCGUCCGCUCACACUGUAUCCCCAGGUGAACAAUUCCCUUGUAUGUCAUCCGAAGCCACACUUCCAACCAAUUCAUCCUUUGUACUCUGUGCCAGUGAAUCAGUCCAGCCAGAUAAGUCACAGCCUUUACCCAGACUCCACUGUGAAUUAGGCAACCAAACGUCAGAGCAGCCCACAGACAGUAGUCCCCCUGCACUGCUGCCUGCUUCAGCUCCUUCCCUACAGCAAAAGUCAAAGCUGAGAUCAGACAGCUCCCAAGCUGGUGGAGAGGAAAUCCCCCCCUCAGAGGCCUCGCGCAUGCAUCUUCUGUCUGAAUCCGAGGCAAAUCUUUGGCCAGUAAAAAGAGAGGACGUGGCGACCGACAGCUCAACCAGUCGUCCUAGUCUUGAACAGCCCGCUGAGUUUGUCUCUGCCCCCCCUAUGACUCAGGGCUUUGAACGAGAGGUUGCAGAGGGAUUGAGUGAACUUGUCACGGGAUUAUCAGAAGGCUCCACCAGGUCUGCAGCAAAUCAUGAAAGCGGUCGGCCUGCACUCUUGCCUCCUGUGGCAGACAGCCAGGCAUCCCUGGGAGGAGAGGGUGAAGCUCCGCCAUCACCUGAACUCACAGAAACCCCUUCAGUGAGUCCAGGUGUCACUGAGGUGAGCCAAAACGUAGCUCUUCAGUCUGUCUCAGCUUGGGAGGAGAAGGAAGAUGCUCCACAGAUUUCGACUGAUGCAUUUUCAGAGAAUCCACCAAACACGCUGUCAGAGGUUUCCGCACUCCAGUCUGAGCAUGACGUCAACAGGAAUCUGAUGCCAUCCGUCGUCUUUCUGAGUGGAGUCGUCUCCCUCUCGAUAGUGUUGCAGGAACCCAGUGCCCUAUUCUUGAUCGGACUUCUUUUCGUCCUGCGCCAUUUGUGAUUAAGCCAUUCGGAUCUGAUCUCAAGUGAAGUGCCUUUUCGUGGCCCAAAAUAAGCCAAAAAGUAUUUUUUAAAAAAAACAACACAAGUCACCCUUUGAGGUUGUGUCACUGUAUGUUUUUUUUAGAUUUCGUCAAAUGAAAGACAUAUUAAUUUAUGAGUAUUUCCAUGCAAAGUCCAAUGCAAAGGGAAAGUAAUUUUACAAAUGCUGGCUAUAUUUCCAUGCAUUUACUCAAACAAGUGUUAAGUAAAAUAAAAUAAGAACAUUGUGAUCACUCUGAUAGUGAAGCACAGUAUAUCAUCAGAGAUAUUUUAUAAGUGGUCUGUAGUUACCUUUUUUCUUGUCAGAUAUGUUUGUGUACGUGGUGUCAGUUUUUGAUCGUUGGUGUCGAUGUAGCUGAGGCUGAUGUCUAACCACACUGCCAUGAGUUUAACUUUUGUGAAUUCCAUGUGUUGUGAUGUCUUUAAUGAAAGUCAAAAAAAAACAUUACCAUAGUGGAAAGCUAAAGAAACUCGUUAUACAAAUGGAAUUUUUGUUUACAGAUUGCAAAAGCAAGUCGCAGACAUGUGAAGUAUUUUGCCUUAAGGAAAAAAAAAAAUCUUACGACCUAUAGCGAGCAUCACUUUGAAAGUGAUGCUGCUUGAGGGACAAAACAAGUGGAAAGUGUUGUUAAUCAUUAGAGAAACACCAGCCUGCUCAGCGUCUCUUCACUGUUGCACAUGAGUCUUCCUGUUGAUCCUCGCUAGUAAACCCAUAGUGUUGAUGUUGCACAACAAAGAAUUUUGUAAGACUACUUUGACAACCUCACAGACAGACUGAAGCACCGGAUGACAUGUUUGAAGUGAUGAAAGUUUUCGCAGUGUAUUGCCAUUAAACAUGGUCUUACACCCUGUAUGUACCA